CUCUAUACACCUACUAUAGGGAGAAUAGACUAGAUACCCUAAGCUACUCGUUACCCCAGAUCCGUUACCUAUAUAGCUGCGUUCACACUAUCAUUCAAAAAGUCGCACCUACACACCGAACCUCUCACUAAGCCCGAUGCAGAACACCAAAGAGACCGCAGUCAAAUAUCAACAACGCCAAAUAGCGCAGAUCCUCGUUAAGCCAGAGCUCAGCGAAAUACAAGAGCAGCAUAAGGAUAAGAGAGCUGAUUUUACCGACGACAGAAUUGCACAUUUCAUGCAGAUGGCCCGCAAAGCAACCUCCGUUUAUCAUCGGAAUUGUCACGAGCUAGUGGCACAAAUUAUUGCCGAAAAAGAGUGCCGCCCCAUACCACAGUUGAGCGAGGAAGAAAAGGCUGCUAUUGCAGACCGUGACAUCGCAGAGAACAUAGAGACGGCCGACACACAAACCUCAGACGAGCUUCGACAUCUCUUUAUGGAAAUGGCGAAAACUACUGCUGAAGAAGAAUGCCGCCCAAUGCCAAAUAAGGAAGACUAA